CUCAAAAAGAAGGUUUAAGUGAACAUCCAUCUCCUUCCUUGUUCCGGACCACUGAACAAACACGAUUAUUUAUUGAUGGUUAUAGAAUUUUUCAGUUAUCAGUCUAAAAGAGGAAGGUUCUAAAACUUUUUGCGGGCAAAGCUUUGCUGCAGUUUGUUUCAUAUCCCUGGUACUUGUCGUAUAAAUAAGAACCAGCAAGAUGUCUGGAAAAGCAACAACCUCAACGCCUAAUAUAGGUCUGAGGGGAUCUAGUGGUCUUUCACAUGCAUACAUUCAGUAUCCACCGCUUCGAUGUAAUGUUCCUGAAUCAAGGGGCUUAUUUUAUGAUGAUGGAAAUAAGUUGCUACUCUCCCCAACUGCUGACCAGGUCUUUUCAUGGAAAGUCAGUCUCUUUGAUCCUCUCAUUGGUCCCACCACUGACUCAAUAAGUGAAGGCCCUAUUAUAGCUAUUCGGUAUUCUUUAGACACAAAGGUUUUAGCAAUCCAGCGAUCAGGCCAUGAGAUACAAUUUUGGGAUAGAGAAACUGCGGAAACGUUUAGCCAUAAGUGCACGACAGAAUCAGAAAGUAUACUUGGAUUUUUUUGGACAGACAGUCAACAGUGCGAUAUUGUUAUUGUUAAGACCACUGGUCUAGACUUGUGUGCAUAUAAGUCAGAGUCAAAAUCACUCCAAUUAGUGGAAACAAAGAAACUGAAUGUUAGUUGGUAUGUUUACACACAUGAAAGCCGCCUGGUUCUUCUUGCUUCUGGAAUGCAGUGCAAGACAUUCCAUGGAUUUCAGAUUUCAUCUGCAGAUGUUGUUCGCUUACCAAGGUUUGAGAUGGUUAUGGCCAAAUCUGAGGCUAAUAGUAAGCCCGUUUUAGCAGCUGAAGACAUCUUUAUUGUUACUGUUUAUGGUAGGAUAUACUGCUUGCAAGUUGAUAGAGUUGCAAUGCUACUCCAUUCCUAUAGGCUAUAUCGUGAUGCAGUGAUACAGCAGGGAUCUUUACCAAUUUAUUCCAGCAGGAUUGCUGUGAGUGUGGUCGACAAUGUACUUCUUAUUCAUCAAGUUGAUGCAAAGGUUGUUAUACUUUAUGAUCUCUUUGCAGAUUCUCGAGCACCAAUAUCCGCACCACUUCCUUUAUUGUUAAGGGGUUUCCCCAGGUCCAGUUCUUCAUCUCAAUUUAGUGGUAGUGAAAGUUCAGAUGUUAAUGCUGUGAGUGGCCAUGAAGCAGUUACAUAUGCGGAUACAUGGAAUUUCCUAGUCCCUGAUUUUGUGUGCGAUGUGGCCAAUAAGCUGUUAUGGAAAUUCAAUAUAGACUUAGAAGCAAUUUCUGCCAGUAACUCAGAUGUCCCAUCAGUAUUAGACUUCCUGCAGCGGCGAAAGUUGGAAGCUAACAAGGCUAAACAAUUGUGCUUGGAUAUAACACAGACACUUAUUCUAGAGCACAGACCUGUGCAUGUGGUUGCCAAGGCUAUAAAUGUACUAGUUACCUCGUUCUCCCAUUCAAUUAAAACUUGUAGCUUACUGAAGGGGCUGAAACCAGAGAUGACAGUAAACUCUGGUGCACAAAAUGCUGACGCUGAUGUAUCUGCUAUAGAAAGAGAUGCAAUUGGGAAAUCAAUCAUACAUGAAUCUACCACUAGAGUUGACGGCGGAACUUUGUAUUCUGAGGAUGAAUCACAGUUUGCAAAUCUUAAACACAGUUCAAAGGAGGCCCGUGUUGGGGGUAGUGUAAACAAUGAGAACUCUCCUCGUAAUGAAGCUCAUAGUUCCUAUGCUAUGCAAUCAUCUUUACUGUCUGCGCAAGAGGAAUCCCAACUUACUUCAGCAGCAAUUUCACCAGAUGAGAUGUACAACUUUGUCUUUUCUCCUGUUGAUGAAGAGAUGGUGGGAGACCCUUCUUACUUGGUUGCUAUAAUUAUUGAGUUUCUUCACAGUGCAAAUUUGGAAAAAAUUCGUGUGCUCCCAAAUCUAUAUGUAUUGAUAAUUCAACUUCUGGUGCGGAAUGAACGUUAUGCUGAAUUGGGGUUGUUUAUUGUAAAUAAGAUUUUGGAGCCCUCUAAGGAAGUUGCACUGCAACUCCUGGAGUCUGGACGUCAGAACACCCAAACUAGGAAGCUUGGUCUGGAUAUGCUGAGACAGCUUGGCUUACAUAAUGAUUAUGUAUUGUUGCUAGUGCAAGAUGGAUACUACCUUGAAGCUCUGCGAUAUGCACGAAAGUACAAGGUGGAUACCAUCCGACCAUCAUUGUUUUUAGAAGCAGCUUUUGUAUCCAAUGACUCCCAACAUCUUGCUGCAGUUCUAAGAUUCCUUACGGAUUUCCUUCCUACCUUCAAAAACACCUCAGAGCAUAAUAGAUACUACCGCAUACUGAACGAGAUGAACUCUUCCACUACCGUUUAGAGGUUUUGCAAGAAAAAAUUCUGAGAAUUUGAGUCAUUGUCAUGGGUAAACCCCUGUUCAAGUCGGGUUCUCUCGUUAUGAUGUUCAAUAUAUUUGCUAAUAGUUUCAUGUUGUAUCUUAAAUAAAAGUAUCUCUUCGUAACAAGUUUAGUUUAAUUGAGACAGAUCUAAUUGAAAUCUUCUUGGAAAUAAGUUUUAAUUCCCUUGAGCUUGUGGAUGAAUUGAUUGGUCUGUCCUUCAAAAUACAUGUUUUGUAAUA